AUUUAUAAUAAAUAAAAAUUGCUUAGAAAAGAAAUAAAAUUUAAAAAGAAAAAACAAAAAUAGUUAGUCUGUACGUCUUCGGGAACCUUAACUAAAAAUUCAAUGUAACCAUCACAGAACCUCCCACAUAACUUCCCCCUCCCCUACCCGAAUAUUUAUUUAAUUUACUUACUAACUAAUUUAAUUUUAUUCAAUUACCUAACGCCUCAACCUCUCCCGGGUCGGGUCCCUUCACCCGUCGGGUCGCCUCCUCCUCUAUAUAUAUCAAAUGCACUGGACAUAUAUAUUUUCAAUUCGACCCUCCAUCUUCUCUUUAAUUUAAAUUAAGUUGUAGCUAUGGAGAAACUGCCCAAGUGUGGGGCCAAUUACGCCCCCCUGAGUCCGACCACCUUCCUGAAGAGGGCCGCCGCCGUCUACGGCGACCGCCCCUCCCUAAUCUACGGCCAAAAUGUCCGAUUCACCUGGCGCGCCACCUACCUCCGCUGCCGCCGCCUCGCCGCCGCCCUCCGCUCUUUCAACAUCCAAAAAAACGACGUCGUGUCCGUACUGGCGCCCAACAUUCCGGCUAUGUACGAAAUGCACUUCGCCGUUCCGAUGGCCGGCGCCGUGCUGAACACCAUCAACACCAGGCUCGACGCCAAGAACAUCGCCGCCAUUCUCACCCACUCCGAAGCUAAAAUCUUCUUCGUCGAUUACCAGUACGUCCCCCUCGCCCGCGACGCCUUAAAAAUCGUGCUCCAGACCGCCGCCGCCAUGCCCCUCGUCGUCGUUGUCGACGAUCUCGACCGCCCCACCGGCGUCCGCCUCGGCGCUCUCGAGUACGAAGAAAUCCUCGCCGCCGGAAACCCUAACGAAGCCCCAAUCGAAAUCGACGACGAGUGGGACCCUAUCGCCCUCAAUUACACCUCCGGCACCACCGCCGCCCCUAAAGGCGUCGUCUACAGCCACCGGGGGGCGUAUCUUAGCACCAUGAGCUUGAUCGUCGGCUGGGAGAUGAAGACGGAGGCGGUUUACCUCUGGUCGCUGCCGAUGUUCCACUGCAACGGGUGGACCUUCACCUGGGGCGUGGCUGCGCGUGGCGGGACCAACGUCUGCAUCCGGAGCACCACCGCGCCGGAGAUUUACGCCGCCAUCGCCGCCCACGGCGUCACCCACAUGUGCUGCGCGCCGAUCGUGUUCAACAUUUUGUUAGAAUCGAAUCCGCAGAAGCUGAAGUCUCCGGUCGAGAUUCUGACAGGCGGGGCGCCGCCGCCGGCGGCGCUAAUGGACAGAAUUGAAGCCUUAGGGUUUCACGUUGUCCACGCGUACGGACUGACGGAGGCGACGGGACCUGCUCUGGUCUGCGAGUGGCAGAAGAAAUGGAAUAAUUUGUCGACGGAGGAGAAAUCGAGGUACAAGGCGAGGCAGGGGAUAAGCAUUCUGACGCUGGCCGACGUCGACGUGAAGAAUCCGGCGACGAUGGAGAGCGUGGCGAGGGACGGGGAGAUGAUCGGAGAAAUUGCGCUGAGGGGGAGCAGUAUAAUGAAGGGGUAUUUUAAGGACGAGGAAGCCACCGGAAAAGUUUUCCGGCAGGGGUGGUUUAUGACCGGCGACGUUGGAGUGAUCCACUCCGACGGGUACGUGGAGAUCAAGGAUAGGUCGAAGGACGUGAUCAUCUCCGGCGGGGAGAAUAUCAGCAGCGUGGAGGUGGAGGGGGCGCUGUACAAGCAUCCGGCGGUGGUGGAGGCCGCGGUGGUGGCGAUGCCGCACGCGAAGUGGGGGGAGAGUCCCUGCGCGUUUGUGAAGGUGAAGGCGGCGGUGACGGCGGAGGAGCUCCUCCUCCAUUGCCGCCGGAAUCUGCCGAGUUUUAUGGUGCCGAAGAGGGUGGAGUUCAUGGCGGAGCUGCCGAAGACGGCGACGGGGAAGAUUCAGAAGUUUGAGCUCCGGGCUGUAGCGAAGACAUUCGACGACUCGCCGUCGCCGGCGAAAUCGAGAAAUGAUCGGGAGGAGGUGCAGCGGCGGCGAUACAGUGACGGAGACGAAGGUCAAAGCCAGGAACAUGUUCUUGCCAUGUCUCGCCUCUGACUCAUUAAUUAAUUAAAUUAAUUAAUUAAUAAUAGUGGUUAAUUAAAUAAUGUGAUAAUAAUAGUAAUAGUAAUGAGAGAGUACAUGUUUGUUGAAGACUGAUGGGAAUGUAUUAUUAAUUUCAAUUACAGAUAUAUACAUAUUGAAAUUCA